UGGGUGUAGUCGGAGGUCUCGUCUUUUCCUGCUGGAGUUUCUCCAUGGCGGUGGACACAAAGAGCUGAGGCCCGACAUACUCCAGAACAGGACCAGGACCAGGACCGGACCGGGGCAACAGGCUCUGCACGCGCCGCGGACGCACACCGGCGCCGCAUGUUCGCACGGGACAGUCGGAUCCGUUUGACUCCGUCGGUGACCGGGAACUGAGCGCAGACUUCGGACAAAGUUCGGCAGAGUUAGUGUCGAAGACUCGGCGGCGAAGUGGGAAGAGGACGGAAGCAGAGGGACCAGCAGAGGGACCGGCAUGCCCAGUGUGAUGCGCUCCGCGGCGGCCUGGCUGUGGCUGCUGCCGCCGCUGCUGCUGCUGCCGCCGCUGACCCCGGUCCGCGCGGCCAUGGACGAGUGCGCGGACGAGCGGGGCUCCGCGCAGCGGUGCAUGCCCGAGUUCGUCAACGCCGCCUUCAACGUGACCGUGGUGGCGACCAACACCUGCGGCUCUCCGCCCGAGGAGUACUGCGUCCAGACCGGCGCCACCGGGGUCACCAAGUCCUGCCACAUCUGCGACGGACGGGACCCGCGGAACCACCACAGCGCCGUGUACCUGACGGACUACAACAACCAGCAGGACACCACCUGGUGGCAGAGCCAGACCAUGCUGGCGGGGAUCCAGUACCCCAACUCCAUCAACCUGACCCUCCACCUCGGAAAAUCCUUCGACAUCACCUACGUGCGUCUGAAGUUCCACACCAGUCGACCGGAGAGCUUCGCCAUCUACAAGCGCAGCAGCGAGGGCGCCCCCUGGGUUCCAUACCAGUACUACAGCGGCUCCUGCGAGAAGACGUACCAGAAAGCCAACCGCGGCUUCAUCCGCACCGGCGAGGACGAGCAGCAGGCGCUCUGCACCGACGACUUCAGCGACAUCUCACCGCUCACCGGUGGCAACGUGGCCUUUUCCACGCUGGAGGGACGGCCCAGCGCCUACAACUUCGACCACAGCCCCGUCCUGCAGGACUGGGUGACGGCAACCGACAUCCGUGUGACCCUGAACAGACUCAACACGUUCGGAGACGAGGUCUUCAACGACCCCAAGGUCCUGAAGUCGUACUACUACGCCAUCUCCGACUUCGCCGUGGGAGGAAGGUGUAAGUGUAACGGCCACGCCAGCGAGUGUGUGAAGAACGGCGGGGGGCGUCUGGUGUGUAACUGCAAACACAACACGGAGGGCGACGACUGCCAGGUGUGUCGACCCUUCUACAAUGACCGGCCCUGGAGGAGAGCCACCGCCGACAACGCCAACGAGUGUCUGCCCUGCGACUGUAAUGGGAAAAGCUCCGAGUGUUACUUUGACUCUGAGUUGUACCGGGCCACGGGUCAUGGAGGUCACUGCCGGAACUGCAACGACAACACCGACGGACCCAACUGCGAACGCUGCCUCGACAACUACCACCGAGACCGCAGCGGCGACCGCUGCCUGCCCUGUGGAUGCAACUCAGUGGGGUCGGAGUCUCCUCAGUGCGAUGACAGAGGGGUCUGCGCCUGUAAACCUGGAGUGACCGGAGAGAAAUGCGACCGCUGUCAGCCGGGAUACCACAGCCUGACGGAGGCCGGAUGCAGGCCGUGUUCGUGCUCACCGUCUGGCAGUACUCAGGAGUGUGACGUCAACACCGGACAGUGUCGCUGCAAAGACAAUGUGGAGGGAUUCAGCUGCGACAGGUGCAAACUGGGAUAUUUCAACCUGGACCCGGCCAACCCCCAGGGCUGCACCCCCUGUUUCUGCUUCCAGCACUCGUCUGUGUGUGACAGCGCCCAAGGCUUCAGUGUCCACACCAUCAGCUCCACCUUCCAUAGAGAUGAUGAACAGUGGACGGCCCAGCAGAGGGACGGCUCCAGCGUCCCCGUCCAGUGGUCUCCCAGUGGACAGGAAGUGUCCCUCAUCUCCGACGACUACUUCCCCAUGUACUUUAUCGCCCCAGACAAGUAUUUGGGGAACCAGAUGCUGAGCUACGGACAGAACCUGACUCUGCGUUUCCGGGUUGACCGGCGGGACACCAGGCUGUCAGCCGAGGAUUUGGUUCUGGAAGGAUCUGAGCUCCGCGUGGCCGUCCCGCUCAUUGCCCAGGGCAACGCCUACCCCAACGAGAACAUGCAGACAUACGUGUUCAGGCUCCAUGACAGUACCGACUACCCCUGGAGGCCGACCAUCAGCCACUCUGACUUCCAGAAACUUCUCCACAACCUAACGGCCAUCAAGAUCCGUGGCACCUACAGCGAGAAGAGUGCCGGUUACCUUGAUGACGUCUCCUUGGUGACAGCAAGGCGGGGUCCGGGCGUCCCAGCGCAGUGGGUGGAGCAGUGCACCUGUCCUCAGGGUUACCAGGGUCAGCACUGUGAGCAGUGCACCCUGGGAUACCGGCGAGCCCGGCCGCAGCUUGGAGCCUUCAGCCCGUGUGAACCCUGUAACUGCAACGGCCACAGCGACGCCUGCAACCCUGACACAGGGGCGUGUGACUGUCAGCACGACACCGCCGGUCUGAGCUGCGAGCGCUGUAAGGAUGGUUUCUACGGCGACGCCACCCAGGGGACAGCGGGCGACUGCCAGCCCUGCCCCUGUCCGGUCGGAGCCACCUGCGCCGUGGUCCCCAAAACCAGAGAGGUGGUCUGCACCAACUGCCCCGCCGGCACCACCGGUAAACGCUGUGAGCUCUGUGACGAUGGUUUCUUCGGGGAUCCUCUGGGUCAGAAUGGUGCGGUCCGAACCUGCCGAGCCUGUAAAUGCAGCAACAACAUGGACCCCAACGCUGUUGGAAACUGCAACCGGGAGUCCGGCGAGUGCCUCAAGUGCAUCUACAACACCGCCGGCUUCUUCUGCGACCGCUGCAAGGAAGGUUUCUACGGCAACGCACAAGCAGCCAACCCCGCAGAUAAGUGCAAACCCUGUUCCUGCUCACCGUUUGGUACCGUGGACCGUCAGACUGGCUGUUCUCAGGUCACCGGUCAGUGUGAGUGCCUUCCCAAUGUGGCCGAGCGUGACUGCAGCGCCUGCCAGCCCGGCUUCUUCAACCUGCACAGCGGCAACGGCUGCCAACGAUGCGACUGUAAUCCCAUUGGCUCCACCAACGGCCAGUGUGACAUCACCACGGGACAGUGCGAGUGCCAGCCGGGCGUCACCGGACUACACUGUGAACGCUGCGAGGUCAACUUCUUUGGCUUCAGCUCGUCAGGAUGUAAACCCUGCGACUGUGACCCUGAGGGCGCCCAGUCUGGUCAGUGUAAGGACGACGGACGCUGCGAGUGUCGUCCUGGCUUCGUGGGCGCUCGCUGCGACAUGUGCGAGGAGAACUACUUCUACAACCGCUCGGCUCCGGGCUGCCAGCAGUGUCCUUCCUGCUACAGUCUGGUCAGAGACAAGGUCAACCAGCAGAGGCAGAAACUUCACGACCUCCAGACCCUGAUUGAUAACCUGGGUUCGGGCCAGGAGACGGUGAGCGACAAGGCCUUCGAGGACCGGCUGAAGGAGGCGGAGCGAGCCAUCAUGGAGCUGCUGGAGGAGGCUCAGACCAGCAAAGACGUAGACCGCGGUCUGCUGGAUCGUCUCAACACCAUCAACAACACGCUGACGACGCAGUGGAACCGACUGCAAAACAUCCGCAACACAGUGGACGACACAGGAACCAAGGCCGACCAAGCCCGAAACCGGGUCCGAGACGCAGAGAACCUGAUCGACCGAGCGCGCCAGGAACUGGACAAGGCCCAGGAUGCCAUCAGGAAAGUGGACAUCAAACCCCCCAGUGGGACUGGAGACCCCAACAACAUGACUCUACUGGCUGAGGAGGCUCGCAAACUGGCCGACAAACACAAGAUGGAUGCCGACCAGAUUGAGAAGAUCGCGAAAGAUGCCAACGACACGUCGACCAAAGCAUACAACCUACUGCUGAAAACCCUGGACGGCGAAAUGAAGACGAGUCAGGAGAUUGACGAGCUCAACAGGAAGUACAACGAGGCCAAGGAACUAGCCAAGAACCUGGAGAGACAGGCCAAUAAGGUUCAGGCUGAAGCCGAGGAGGCAGGAGAAAACGCUCUGAAGAUCUUCGCCAACCUGACCAGCCUGCCGCCGUUCGACACCAAGGCUCUGGAGGACGAAGCCAGUAAGAUCAAGAAGGAGGCAUCGGACCUGGACAAGCUGAUCGACAAGACAGAGAAGGAGUACAACGACCUGAGAGACGACCUGAAGAACAAAGAGCUGGAGGUCCGCAAGCUGCUGGACAAAGGCAAGAGUGAGCAGCAGACGGCCGAUCAGCUGCUGGCUCGAGCCGACGCCGCCAAAGCUCUGGCUGAAGAGGCGGCAAAGAAGGGCCAGUCGACAUUCAGAGAGGCCGAGAGCAUCCUGGACGACCUCCGAGACUUUGACAAGAGAGUCAACGACAACAAGACGGCCGCCGAGGACGCCAUGAGGAAGAUCCCCAUCAUCAGCGCCACUAUCAUGGCCGCCAACGAGAAAACCAAGCAGGCCGAGGCGGCACUGGGCAACGCCGCCGCCGACGCGAAAGAGGCUAAAAAGAAAGCUGAGGACGCAGAGAAGAUCGCCAGCAACGUUCAGAAGGGCUCAGCAAAGACCAAGGAGGACGCAGAGAAAGCCUUCGAAGACACCAAGAAGCUGGACGCCGAGGUGAGCGACAUGAUGGACCAGCUGCGCGGCGCUGAGGAGGAGCUGGCCAAGAAGAAGGCAGAGGCCGACAGCGACAUGACAACGGCCGCCAUGGCUUCAGACAGCGCCAAGGAGGCCGAGGACAACGCCCGCAAAGCCAAGAGUGCUGUCAAGACAGUCCUGAGCACCAUCACCGCCCUGCUGGACCAGCUGGGGAACAUCGAUAAGGUGGACCUGAGUAAACUGAACCAGAUCGAUGAGUCGCUGAAGCGGGCCAAGGGGAAGAUGGCGGACAGCGACCUGGACAGGAAGCUGGCAGAGCUCAACGAUGUGGCUCGGACUCAGGAGGACAUGAUCAGCAGCUACGACCUGCAGAUUCUGGAGAUCCGCGCCGACAUUAAGAACCUGGAGGACAUAAAGAACACAUUACCCGACGGCUGCUUCAACACGCCGUCUCUGGAGAAGCCUUAGCCCCGCCCCCUGUCCUCUCACACUCCUCUUCACGUCUAACACUCGGGCAGACACGCCCACUUUUACCAAAACAGUUUUUUAAUCUUCAGAUUCUCGUCUGUGUUUUGUUUCCUUUUACAAGACAGAAGCCAAUAUUUGUUUUCAAGACACGAUCACAUUUUUUAUGGGAGAGAAGCAGCUGUUUCAGUUUGGUCGCCGCAGUAACCGUGGUUACGGUCUAAUGAACUAAACGGCGAAGAGAAGCCGUGUGGCGAGGCCAAAAUGCCUCCGCAAACCAGAACCACGAACCCGACGUGACUGCACCGGAACCACAGGAAGCUCCUCCCCCUCCUGAGGAUCCUCCACUCUGCUUUGGUUUCUGUCUGACCCGCCAUUACCCAUCAUGCCUGGGGAGGCGACAGCUCCACCUCCACGAACCACAGUGAAGGAACCCCCGACUAUUUCCUCCGACACAAACGCUCCAGUAUUUCUGUUCAACAGCAGUAUUUUCACCUCCAGCAGGAGGACGGCGUGAAUAAGCCACAGCCACUGGGUCAGAAGUUCAGGAAAAUGAUUGGCCUUCAUUUAGACCAGGGGUGUCAAUCAUACGGCCCAUGGGCCAAAACCGGCCGCUGUAGAGUCCAGUCCGGAACCACCAAACGCAAAUAUUCCACUGAAGAUGUAAACGAUCCAAAGUCAAAGAAUAGAAUAAAAACCAAUAAACGACAACAAACACGUCUGUGCUCUAGUGUAAAAAAAAUAAAUGACGUAAAUAUUUACAUUUACAGACUAUCCAAAUAAAAAAGAUAUGAUUAACCUGAAAAAAAGUGUAAUUUUUUCAGGUUAAUCUUCUCAUUUCUACAUGUUUAUU